AUGGAUGAAACACAUAGCAACAGGACUUCCUUGGCUAGAGGUGCCAAGGACAUCGCUAAAGAAGCCAAGAGGCAAGCUUCCAAAAACUUCAGCAAAGCCGUGGAUCGCGCCUCAGAUGAGUACUCCGCUCAUCGCAGCUACAACCGCUUCCAGAACGAGGACGAAGAAGAGAACAGCUACAACAGCAACGCUCAGCAAGACGGCCGCUACGCUGACAACGCGGCCAAUGACGAGGACGGGGCCUCGAGCGACGCCACGGAGGGCCACGACGAUGAAGAUGAGAUCUACGAGGGGGAGUACCAAGGCGUGCCAGCCUACAGCGACGGGAAGCUGCGGGACGGUCAGGUGGCUCUGGGCCACCCGGUCUCUGACAGCCUAAAGAGCCACAAGGAGCUGGAAAAUGAGAGGCAGGCCGACGAGGAGGAGCUCGCCCAGCAGUACGAGCUCAUCAUGCAGGAGUGUGGCCACGGGAGAUUCCAGUGGCAGCUCUUCUUCGUGCUCGGGCUGGCGCUCAUGUCAGACGGCGUGGAGGUGUUCGUGGUGGGCUUCGUCCUGCCCAGCGCUGAGACGGACAUGUGUGUCCCCAACUCUGGCGCCGGAUGGCUCGGUAGCAUCGUGUAUCUUGGGAUGAUGUUCGGAGCCUUCUUUUGGGGCGGCCUGUCAGACAAGGUGGGCCGUAAACAGUGCCUGCUGAUAUCCAUGUCCGUCAACGGCUUCUUCGCCUUCCUCUCCUCGUUUGUUCAAGGCUACAGCAUGUUUCUGUGGUGCCGCAUGGUGUCUGGCUUCGGGAUUGGCGGAGCGGUGCCGAUAGUGUUCUCGUACUUCGCGGAGGUGCUGGCUCGGGAGAAGAGAGGCGAGCAUCUGAGCUGGCUGUGCAUGUUCUGGAUGAUCGGAGGAAUCUACGCCUCGGCCAUGGCCUGGGCCAUCAUCCCGCACUACGGCUGGAGUUUCAGCAUGGGCUCGGCCUACCAGUUCCACAGCUGGAGAGUGUUCGUGGUGGUGUGUGCGCUGCCGUGCGUCUCCGCGGUGGUGGCGCUCACGUUUAUGCCCGAGAGCCCCCGCUUCUACCUGGAGAUGGGAAAACAUGACGAGGCCUGGAUGGUGCUCAAACACAUCCACGACACCAACAUGCGUGCCCGUGGAGAGCCCGAGAGAGUCUUCACCGUGAACAGGAUCAAAAUCCCCAAACAGCUGGACGAGCUGGUGGAGAUGCAGAGUGAGUCAGCCAACCCUGCGCUCAAGGUCCUCUUCAAGAUCAGGGCCGAACUCAGAGGAGUACGAGGCUCUCUUUUUGCCUUUUCCUGCUUUGCUCGACGCCUGAGAGACAACACCAUAAAACUGGCUGCAGUCUGGUUUACUCUGUCUUUUGGGUUCUACGGGCUCUCGGUGUGGUUCCCGGACGUCAUCAAGCACCUCCAGGCCGACGAGUACGCCUCCAGAGUGAAGAUCCACAACAACGAACGCAUCGAAGACUUCACCUUCAACUUCACCCUGGAGAACCAGAUCCACAGAAACGGAGUCUUCCUCAAUGACCGGUUUAUCAGCAUGAAGUUCAAGGCAGUCACGUUCAUCGACUCAUCCUUCCUCAACUGCUACUUCGAGGACGUCUCCUCCGUCGGCUCCUUCUUCAAAAACUGCACCUUCGUUGACUCCUUCUUUUACAACACAGACAUCGACGACGCCAAACUGACAAAUUCAAAGGUGAUCAACAGCUCCUUCCACCACAACAAGACCGGCUGUCAGAUGACGUUCGACGACGAUUACAGCGCCUACUGGGUCUACUUCGUCAACUUCCUGGGGACGCUGGCCGUGCUGCCCGGAAACAUCGUCUCUGCCCUCCUCAUGGACAAAAUAGGACGUCUCAGCAUGUUAGGAGGCUCCAUGGUCCUGUCGGGCAUCAGCUGCUUCUUCCUCUGGUUCGGCACCAGCGAGUCCAUGAUGAUCUUCAUGCUCUGCCUCUAUAACGGCCUCAGUAUCUCUGCCUGGAACUCGCUGGAUGUGGUCACCACGGAGCUGUACCCGACCGACAGGAGGGGCACCGGCUUUGGCUUCUGUAACGCCAUGUGUAAGCUGGCAGCGGUGCUCGGCAACCUGAUCUUUGGCUCUCUGGUUGGCAUCACCAAGGCGAUCCCAAUCCUGCUGGCGUCGUCCGUGCUGGUUGGCGGCGGGCUGGUGGGCCUCCGACUGCCAGACACGCGGGCCAAUGUCCUCAUGUAG